AUGAAGAAUUGUGAAGAUAUAGCAAUCCAACAGGGUCGAUUGCGAGAAGAUCAGCAACUCUCCGGUCCUAUGAAUGACAGCUGGGAGAGUGGAGACUUCUGGAUUCUGUACGCAGCGUUGCACAGCUUUGCUUUUGAUGGUAUAUAUUGGCAGAAGAUCGACUCGCGAUUUUUUGGACCUACCGAAAGUAUCGAGGACGCCUGGAAGGAACGCCUUGAUCUGUUGGAUGAGGGACAAAAGGAUGAGAUGGAACUACUUUUAGAUCGCAAGCUGCAAGAGAUGAAUACCAGAGUCUUAUCGUGGGACCCGGAUGCAUAUACAUUGGCUUUCCACCAACAAUCGAAGAGCCAGGAGGAAAAGGCGAACGAAGAAAAGGGAAAGCGAGAAGAACAGACUGAAGAACAUAGUUGA